AUGGAACCUGAGGACUUUGAGGACAAAGACAUGUUAAGCUGGGAUAUAAAUGAUAUGAAACUGCCACAGAAUGUAAAAAAGAUUGACUGGUUUCAAGAAUGGCCAGACUCCUAUGAGAAGUUCAUCUACAGCUCAGAGGACAGGAGUGCACAGCGGCACUUGAGCAGCUGGGCCAUGCGCAACACCAACAACCACAACUCGCGCAUCCUCAAGAAGUCCUGCUUGGGCGUGGUGGUGUGCGGCCUGGACUGCUCUGCCAAGGAGGGCCGCAAGAUCUACUUGAGACCUGCAAUCUGUGACAAAGCCCGGCAGAAGCAGCAGAGGAAACGCUGUCCCAACUGCGAUGGGCCUCUGAAGCUAAUUCCUUGCCGAGGCCAUGGGGGCUUCCCAGUCACCAACUUCUGGAGGCAUGAUGGACGCUUCAUAUUUUUCCAGUCAAAGGGAGAACAUGAUCACCCAAAACCAGAAACCAAAUUGGAAGCUGAGGCAAGAAGAGCAACGAAGAAAGUGCACACAAUCCCUUCCUCCAGCUCCUUAAAGGCAAACAGGGGCCGAGAGGCAAAGUCUCUUCCAGGUGAAACACAAAGUUGGGGAAAUCUACCUUUAACUUGGUCUUUCCAGGAGAGCAUCCAAUUGCCUGGCAGUGACGGUGGACAUUUAAUAGCUAACACUCCCCAGCAGAAGUCACCAAAUGAUUGCUUAUUCAAGAGUUAUGGUUUGGGGGGAACCACUGAUCUGGCAGACCCCACUUCCACCUUGGGCCCUACUGAGCUCUAUGAGAAAUACAAAGUGUCCAAUAGUCGAAUCUACAGCAGUGGAGACCUGCUUCAGCCUCCUGUCUCUGGAGUCCUCUCUGAUUACGAUGAUCUGCAAACAUGGAAUAAAAACGCUGCUUUUGGGAGAAAUCCUCUUAAUGACAACAGUUGUCCCAAUUACCCCUUUCCUCAGACCAGUUGGCCUUACGACUUCUCCCCUUCCCAGAAUUCUGCAGAAUCCAUUCCCCAGCAGAUUCCAUUGGAACCACCUGUAGCCAAAACUAGCAGUCACCCAAUAUGGCCAAAUUCAGGGAGUGAGCUUUAUGAUGAGAAGGUGCAUGUGGAUUUUAACAGCUACUAUCCUUCCACUGCAUGCCAUUCACCUCAGGAAGACCCCUUUCUCUUCACUUAUACCUCUCAUCCUUACCAUCAAUAUUCACUGCCAGGCAAGAACAGCAAAUGGAAUUUUGAUGAAGAAAUGAGGUGCAUGGGUUUGGAGCAUUGCAAGAAUGAAAUGCUUCUAAAUCUCUGUCCUUUAAGAUAA